AUGAUCCCGGUGGCCGAGUUCAAGCAGUUCGCGGAACAGCAGCCCGCGUUCAAGGUGCUCAAGCCCUGGUGGGACGUGCUGGCUGAGUAUCUCACCGUGGCCAUGCUCAUGAUCGGAGUCUUCGGCUGCACCCUCCAGGUGACACAGGACAAGAUCAUCUGUCUGCCCAGCCAUGAGCCCCGGGAAAAUUUAUCAGAGGCCCCGUGCCAGCAGCUGCUGCCUCAGGGGGUCUCGGAGCAGAUGGGGGGCCUUCGGGAGGUAAGCGGCCUCAAGAACAAUCUAGACCUACAGCAGUACAGCUUCAUUAACCAGCUGUGCUACGAGACAGCCCUGCACUGGUACGCCAAGUACUUCCCCUACCUCGUGGUCAUCCACACGCUUAUCUUCAUGGUCUGCACCAGCUUCUGGUUCAAGUUCCCCGGCACCAGCUCCAAGAUCGAACACUUCAUCUCCAUCCUGGGUAAGUGCUUCGACUCGCCGUGGACCACGCGGGCCCUGUCAGAGGUCUCCGGGGAGAACCAGAAGGGCCAGGCCGCUGGCCGGCCCACAGCAACCACGACAGCCGCGGCGGGGGCCGGGCCCGGGAAGGCCGGGGAGGACGAGAAGGAGAAGGUGCUGCCGGAGCCCGAGAAGGUGGUGACGGAGCCGCCGGUUGUCACCCUGCUUGACAAGAAGGAGGGCGAGCAGGCCAAAGCCCUCUUCGAGAAGGUCAAGAAGUUCCGCGUGCACGUCGAAGAGGGGGACAUUCUCUACACCAUGUACAUUCGGCAGACCGUGCUCAAAGUGUGCAAGUUCCUCGCCAUCUUGGUCUACAACCUGGUCUACGUGGAGAAGAUCAGCUUCCUGGUGGCCUGCAGGGUGGAGACCUCGGAGGUGACAGGCUACGCCAGCUUCUGCUGCAACCACACCAAGGCCCACCUCUUCUCCAAGCUGGCUUUCUGCUACAUCUCCUUCGUGGGCAUCUAUGGGCUCACCUGCAUCUACACGCUCUACUGGCUCUUCCACCGGCCCCUCAAGGAGUACUCCUUCCGGUCCGUGCGCGAGGAGACGGGCAUGGGUGACAUCCCCGACGUCAAGAACGACUUCGCCUUCAUGCUGCACCUCAUCGACCAGUACGACUCGCUCUACUCCAAGCGCUUCGCCGUCUUCCUCUCCGAGGUCAGCGAAAGCCGCCUCAAGCAACUCAACCUGAACCACGAGUGGACGCCCGAGAAGCUUCGGCAGAAGCUGCAGCGCAACGCGCGGGGCCGGCUGGAGCUGGCGCUCUGCAUGCUGCCCGGGCUGCCCGACACCGUCUUCGAGCUGAGCGAGGUGGAGGCGCUGCGGCUGGAGGCCGUCUGCGAGGUCACCUUCCCGCCGGGGCUGUCGCAGCUCGUGCACCUGCAGGAGCUCAGCCUGCUGCACUCGCCCGCCAGGCUGCCUUUCUCCUUGCAGGUCUUCCUGCGGGACCGCCUGAAGGUGAUGCGGGUGAAAUGCGAGGAGCUCCGAGAGGUGCCCCUCUGGGUGUUUGGGCUGCGGGGCCUGGAGGAGCUGCACCUGGAGGGGCUCUUCCCCCCAGAGCUGGCGCGGGCGGCCACCCUCGAGAGCCUCCGGGAGCUGAAGCAACUCAAGGUUCUGUCCCUGCGGAGCAACGCCGGGAAGGUGCCGGCCAGCGUGACCGACGUGGCCGGCCACCUGCAGCGGCUCAGCCUGCACAACGACGGGGCCCGCCUGCUGGCCCUCAACAGCCUCAAGAAGCUGGCGGCCUUGCGGGAGCUGGAGCUGGUGGCCUGUGGGCUGGAGCGCAUCCCGCACGCCGUCUUCAGCCUGGGCGCGCUGCAGGAACUUGACCUCAAGGACAACCACCUGCGUUCCAUCGAGGAGAUCCUCAGCUUCCAGCACUGCCGGAAGCUGGUCACCCUCAGGCUGUGGCACAACCAGAUCGCUUACGUCCCCGAGCACGUGCGCAAGCUCCGGGGGCUCGAGCAGCUCCAUCUCAGCCACAACAAGCUGGAGACCCUGCCGAGCCAGCUAGGACUAUGCUCCAGCCUCCGCUUGCUGGACGUGUCCCACAACGGGCUGCGCUCCCUGCCGCCUGAGGUGGGCCUUCUCCAGAACCUGCAGCACCUGGCUCUCUCCUACAACGCCCUCGAGGCCCUGCCCGAUGAGCUGUUCUUCUGCCGCAAGCUGCGGACAUUGCUCUUGGGCUACAACCACCUGGGCCAGCUCUCGCCCCACGUGGGUGCCCUCAGGGCCCUCAGCCGCCUGGAACUCAAGGGCAACCGGUUAGAGGCGCUGCCGGAAGAGCUCGGCAACUGUGGGGGGCUCAGGAAGGCGGGGCUCCUGGUGGAAGACACCCUUUACGAGGGACUGCCGGCAGAGGUGCGGGAGAAGAUGGAGGAGGAGCGAGGCCUGAGUGGGGCGGGUUGAGGGAGAGCCCUAGGUAUGCUUCCGGCCCAGCGUCUCCGGCAUCAUCUUCCAGGGGAGGUAGCCAGGUGGGCCCAGGGCAAGCGAGGAGGGGCAGAUGUGUCAGUCUUGUCGGGGCCCAGGCAAGAUCUGGGACUGGUUUGUCUAGAGAGACAGGAGAUUGUGGAUUUGGGGUGGAGUCCCGCAUUGAGGGAUUAACUCAGUCAUGGGAUUAUCCGACCAAAACAACACCUGAGUCUUUGGCUGGCUGGCUGGCUGGCUUCAUUCCCAUGCCUAGACCAGAACUGCCGCCUCUCUCUGGAU